AUCAGGCGUGCGCUUUCUUCUUGCACUAAUAUUUGAUUCUCUUUUCUUUUUAUGUUUAAAUUUAAACUCAUCGUUUUAUUUAUUUCAGUCCAGCAACAAGGUAACGCCUACAAACUCUCUCUCUCUCUCUCCCUCUCUCCCUCUCUCUCUCUCUCUCUCUCUCUAUAUCAAAAUCUGCGGCGGCGGAGCGACGAUGGCCUCCGGCUGCAUAUCGAGCUGCGUGGACGACGCGCGCGUGCCGGUGAGAGCCAGCUACGUGAACCUCUACAAAUGGCCGGAAUCCGACUUCGAGUUCGUGAGGUCUAUGAGCUCCAAAUCUCGCGGCGGCGGCGGCGGAAGGCAGCCGAGAGUUGUGGACAGCAUCUCAUGCAGGCAAAUGUAUUUGAGAAGCUACACAUUUUCGAGGGAAGAAGAUUACAAAGACGACAAGGCAUCGCUCAAGUGUCUAGGCAGAGGUAGGGGGAAGCCGCCGGCCGACGCCGCCGGAAAGAGGAGGAAGCCAAAGUCUGCGACGUGCUCCGCCUUCACGUACAUUUUCCGGCGGCUGCUCUCUUGCACCACCGAGAUUGAUGUUGCUAAUUGAUGUGUUUGUGUAAUCUUCUUCUCUUUAAUCAAUUGUUUGCUUAAUUUCCUUUUUUUUUUGGUUUAUGGAGUAUAUAUUUAAUAAUUAUGCAUAUUUUUCAUAGAAUUUAGUCUUGUUUUGAUA